AUGUGUUUGCUUGUCCACAAACAAGGCUUGAGGGAUGCGGGGUUCAAGCGGGGUUGGUUGUCCUACUCGGCAAAGCAUUCGAAGAUAUCCAAUGGAGAAAUGAGGUACACCAUGUCCCUCUCAAGCUGGCAAAGUCCAGAACACUCUCUGGUUUUUCGCAAUCGCUUCUCGUGGCCUGCGUUGGUGGUCUUGGCAGUCACCAAUGGCUAUCUUGCACUCUCUCUUCGAAUUAUCUUUUGGUUAUUCGUGUAUCUAGGGCGCUCGAGUCUCCAAUACCUUCGCAUCGCCGAUAGAUCUAGGGCUCGAGCGCCCACCCAUCAUCCUCUUUCCGCAACACAGCACUUGUCCCUGGCCCUGGCUCCAGAAAAUGAAGAGAGCGGGCAGAUUAAAAGUAGCAACUUACGACUUACAUCCGCCUUGCACCCUCAAAAUAUUCUUCAAAGCAAUGCGUCUGGACUAUCCCAUUACUCGGCCUUUCCCACAGAGAUGGCGAUGGUUUACUCCGCUGUCCUUCUGGCCUUUACUGGAUAUGAAACUGUCACUGUCUUCGAAAGCGACUUCAAUGCUACCCAAUCAUUCUGGUACAACAAAUAUAUGCCUUAUCCCGUUCCCACUCCCGGAACACUUUGUGAUCCGCACGUCUUCAAUGCCGGAGAUCCAUUCACAACAAAUUACGCCUUCUUUGAGUGGACCGUUGAAUCUAUCAUCCAAGCUAAUGCAGGCAAUUCUGGCCUUUCUUAUAAAGGCGAAACGCUGAACGGCUGCGAUGUCUCGUCCAUUUACGUGGAUGGAGAUCUUCGGACAUGGUCGGUUGCUUUUACCGUGGUAGUGCAAUGUCAACACGAGAACCUUUACAAGAUCAGCGCAAAGACGUCCUUUACUAUUUCGUUUUUGCCAGGGAGGAACUCGCCUCUGUUGGGAAUGGUGAAGUCGGCUGAAGGGAGUGAUAUGCGUCCUGCCGUUUUCGAUACACUGCUGCAGACUGCAUCUGUAGAUCUCGGACGCAGAACUUAUAACGCCCUCUUGACCUCUAAUUACACAAGCCCCGUUGCCGUAUCCCUUCAGGCAGACAUUACGCCUUGUCCCAUGUCACUUGGUUCUUCUGCGGCAUGUGCUCUAGCAACCCCCAACUUCACCAUCUCCUCCGCUGGUGUUGUCAUGACCAACCUUUCUUUUUCGCAAGACACCCCACCCGACCCGGUUACUGUCUUGGAUGAUAAUGUCAAGCUCCCCAUCUCUAAUCUGUUGCAAACUGUUUACGCCAUCAUUCGGGUGGAACUCGGAAACCCCAGCCCAAACAAUUUCAUUCUCCACCCAAACGUGACGGAUAGUAUAAUCGUGUCCACAUUUCCCGCCACGCCAUUGAACCAGGGUUUCGAAGCCUUGGUCUCGGUGCUUUACCAGGAGUGGACAAACCCCGACCCAGAAACGAAAAAGUAUUUGCCUGUGACUGUGUCUGGACCAGCAAACAUUCAAGUGGUGUACCCAUGCCGAUUCCAACAGCAGAAAACACCGGGCCAACUUUUUAUAUCAGUAUUGGUUGCGACAUUGACCACGUUCUCCACGGGAUGGGCUGUCUUCAUGAUCUUGGCUGCCUAUUUUGCAAAGCGGAAAUGUCCAUCAGCGAAUCAGUGUCAAGUGCAUAGCCACAUUGAGCUGCACCAACGAUCGAAUUCAAAUGACGGACACCCUACUCAACCCGGGGAUACAUAUUACAAGGAUUAUCAACCAGUUUGA